UUGCAUUAUCCCUUCUUAACCUCUCUUCGGUAGGGCCGUUGUCCAUAACAUUCAGAGGCUGUCAACUCCUCGAAGCCUAUCAAUGGAGGGCUCCGUCCGCGGCUCUGCGAACUACGUCCCUCUCACCCCUCUGAGCUUCCUAGAGCGCGCGGCCAUCGUCUUUGGCGAACGGACCUCGCUGGUCUAUGGCUCCACAACCUACACUUGGAAGGAGACACAUCAGCGUUGCCACAGGCUCGCCUCCUCCCUUGUCGACCUCGGCAUAUCCAAACUCGAUGUUGUUGCUGUCCUUGCCAUGAACAUCCCAGCAAUGUAUGAGCUACAUUUUGGUGUUCCGAUGACUGGUGGAGUUCUCUGCACACUUAAUACCCGACAUGAUUCUGCAAUGGUGUCUAUCCUGCUGAAGCACUCUGAAGCCAAAAUCAUUUUUGUUGAUCAUCAGCUCCUUAAGAUUGCUCAAGGAGCUCUUGAUCUGAUGUCCCAGGAUAAUAGCAAGCUUCCCAUCCUUAUUCUAAUUUCUGAAUCCGGUGAACACUCAUUCCCUGAUUACCUUGAAUACGAGACUCUAUUAAGGAGUGCAAAUCCUAACUUUGAUGUUAGGUGGCCUAUUGAUGAAUGUGAUCCAAUUACGCUGAAUUACACUUCUGGAACUACGUCUAGACCAAAAGGAGUCAUUUAUAGCCACCGGGGAGCAUUCCUAAAUUCAAUUUCUACACUCCUCUUCGGUGAUAUCACCACUAUGCCAGUGUUUCUGUGGACUGUGCCUAUGUUCCAUUGUAAUGGGUGGUGCCUCACUUGGGGUGUAGCAGCACAAGGUGGAAUCAACAUUUGCCUCAGAAACUUUACUGGGAAGGAUGUUUUCGAUAGAAUUGCACUCCAUAAGGUGACACACAUGGGUGGUGCACCUACAGUUCUUAGUAUGAUUGCUAAUACUCCGACUGAUGACAGAAAGCCACUUCCUGGCUGUGUAGCAAUCCUGACUGGCGCUGCUCCUCCACCACCUCAAAUUUUAUUUGAAAUGGAACAGCUUGGCUUUCGAGUUGUUCAUGCUUAUGGACUCACUGAGACCUAUGGCCCCGGCACUGUCUGCACAUGGAAACCUGAAUGGGAUGCACUGCCUACAGAAGAAAGGUCAAAGCUUAAGGCACGACAGGGACUCAACCAUAUUGGCAUGGAAGAAGUCGACAUCAAAGAUUCAAAAACUAUGAAAAGUGUUCCAGCAGAUGGAAAAACUAUGGGUGAGGUAAUGUUUCGAGGCAAUGUUGUGAUGAAUGGAUACUUCAAAGACUUAAACGCGACAAUGGAGUCUUUUGCUGGUGGAUGGUUUCGCUCUGGCGACCUUGGAGUAAAGCAAGCUGAUGGUUAUAUUCAACUCAAGGAUCGUUCAAAAGACAUAAUAAUCUCUGGUGGCGAAAAUAUAAGCACGAUUGAAGUUGAGUCAGCUCUCUUUAGCCAUCCAGCAGUGCUUGAGGCAGCAGUAGUUGGAAGGCCUGAUGAUCAUUGGGGUGAGACACCUUGUGCAUUUGUUAAACUGAAGGAGGGUGUUCAUGUUCAGCCUGAGGAAAUCAUACAAUUUUGCCGUGCCAAGUUGCCACAUUACAUGGCUCCCCGGAGUGUCAUAUUUGAGAAUCUUCCUAAAACCUCUACUGGGAAAACACAGAAGUUUGUUCUUAGAGAGAAGGCCAAGGCAAUGGGAAGCCUUUUCAGGAAAGGUGGAAGCAAGCUUUGAACAAAUCACAGGGAGUGUUAGAUUUGAAUUUAUGCACAAGAUGAUGGCAUCUCAAAUGGUGGAUAAAUUUAUGGUUGCUAAAACUAGUCCGGUGUUAAACUAUUGUUAUAUGUCAUGCCUCAGUAGGUUUGUAUACUUUUUGCAUGUUACUGUGGACAAUAUAUAAUUUGCUGUUAAUAAUAACAUUUAAGAAAUUUUUUAAA